AUGCGGCGAAUGUAUCGUCACGUGUCGUCGUAUGCUGCGGGCGGGGUCUAUGCGGCGAGGGGCGGUGCGGGCCAUGGCCGUGUCGCUUCCGUCGUCGUGCCUGAUAGUCCCGAGGUGCGUGGAGCGGGGGUGGGCGUGGACGGCGUCGUCUACACGCAGCGGCGCGGCUUCCGCAAGGAGUUGUUUGAAGGGCCGCUUGACAUCAAACCCGGCGAGCGCGUGGCGCGCAAGGGCCCACCGGUGGCCCACAGCCUGCCGGUGUACAAAACCGCCCACAAGCUCAACAAUAGUGUGCGCUGGAAAAACGCGAACCUAAUCACCAACGUGGUGGGCGGAAAGGACUUCCGCCUGCGUGAGACCCAGGGCGAGGGCACCUUUGACGACUCCGGUAUGUACCGUGACUGGUUGUACGGCGACGAGCGGCGGUACGCCAACUACGUCGGUGUCGCCCUUGGCUGCCUGAGCAUUGGGUUGUUCCUGUACACGAUGCGGGUAAUGAGCGCGGAGACGUGGGACAUCCCCGCCCCUGUUCUGGCGUCCCAGCGCAAGAAGGCUGCCGCCGCCGCAAAAGCAGAGGCAGCGGCAGGAGGAGCCACAACGGUCGGAGGCGAAACUGGGAAAGGUGGUGAUAGCGGUAAUGAUGCGGUGCAACCGCCGGACGCACUCGCAAUGCUGAAGAGGCCCGCGAUUGUCUCAAAGGCAGCGUAG